AUGUCCAAUUCAUCGCCUUCUGCCCCUGUGGCCACGGGCAAUGCUGCCGCCGACGAAACCGGUAUGAAAAUCAUUAUUGUCCCCCUGCUCCUCCUUGGCUCGUUAGAGCUCUCUUCCUCGAUAACGGUCAACACUACCGUAAAGGCUCCAACCAACUUUCCGCCGCCCAAGACGGAUAAGCCGCGACCUCAUGUGUGCGCGACUUGCCAGCGCUCUUUUGCCCGAUUGGAACACCUGAAACGACACGAAAGAUCCCACACCAAGGAGAAGCCUUUUGAGUGUCCAGAGUGUACAAGAUGUUUUGCCCGACGGGAUUUGCUUUUGCGCCACCAGCAGAAGCUCCAUCAAACGACUACUCCCUCCUCACGACCGAGAAACCGUCGUGAGAGUGCCAGCAGUGCGGUUCCGGGUCAGAGCCGAGUGCGGAAGAAUAGCGUCGCUAGUGCAAAUGUCUCCGCCGCUGCCAACGCUGCUGCCAUGCGGCCCAGGGCGAACACAAUCAGCCAUGUUGACGGGGCUGCCAUGCAGAUGAUUGCGGCGGCGAACGCGUCCGUCGUGAGAAACCCGGUCCAGCCUCACCACAGCCGGCACGCAAGUCUAGUCAGCCUGCCAGUCCACCACAUGGACCACGCCUUUGGUGGCAUGUCCUCUGCGAUGGGCCACCGGGGCAUGCACCAUGGAUUGCCCAAGCUGGAAACGCAUGGUAUCAACAGCAUGGACUUCAGUGCCGGUUUGCGCACUGCUCCUCCCCUCGCGUUUGGUCAGGCUGAUUUCGACUACGAGGGACUACUGUUUGGACAGCCCGGCUCCACCAUAAACCCCAAUGCCUUGCAUUACAGCGAAUCUCCCCAUUCCAUGGCAAUGGACCCGACUUCCCCCUUUGGCAAUGGAAUGACUGACAUGUCCUCGAACCAGCAUAUCGAUGACAAUUUCGACUGGUUGACCGGGUUUGAGCACAGUAUGACUUUCCACGGUCCCAACGACAACGCUGUCGAUGGUUCAUCGCCAUCGGCAAUGAGCACGACCAGCCAAAGCGGCAUAAGCGACGUGAUGCUCGAUGGGUCCAACCAUCCUGCCGUGACUACGUCUACGAGCUCGAUAUGGCAACCUGCCAUUAUGGGUCCACCCCAAAUGAAUAAUCCAUUCGCCAUGGAUAUGAAUGGUGCCGUAUUCCCCGAUCUCAUGAACGGAGCUCCGGUCUCACCUCAACCUCCCUCCCAGAAGAAUAUGAACGACGUCUAUUUCUCGACACCGCCCCCAUCCAUGAGCUCUUUGAGUCCUUCUGUCAUGCCGGGUCUUAAUACGCAAAACCUAAACCAAGCUCUCAACUUCGGCGUCGCCCCGGAGACUCCCACAUCCAUGAACGGCGGUCACCAAGGACCCUCGCCCGUAAGUACGAUAACUGACGCCACUCGGGCCGCCAUCUUGACCGCUCUCUCUCAAUGCUCGCCCUUUGGUGGCCGAAAAUUCUCGUUCUCAACCCCCGGCGCGCCGUUAUCCCCCAAGUACCAUGCCGACAACCUUCCAGAACCCGCCAAAAACCUACCAAGCACACAUGACUUACAGCGAUACGUCGGGUCUUACCUUCGAUACUUUCAUCCUCAUCUUCCAUUCCUCCAUAUUCCAACUCUGUCUUUCGACAUGCCAUCUCACUCUUCGAACGGUAGAACUAACACCGUGGGUGGUAGCGGUUGCCUCGUCCUGUCGAUGGCAGCUAUUGGUGCUCUGUAUGAAAUGGACCGUACCCAAUCCAGGGAGCUUUUUGAGAUGGCGAAAAAAAUGAUACAGCUCUAUCUUGAGGAGCGGCGCAAGGCGGAUGUACGUAAGGCUGAUUUCCGUCGAACUCCACUGUCAGACCACGGGUCCCAAGGUCCAGAAUCACCUGUGCACACACCGGUUUGGUUGGUCCAGGCCAUGCUCUUAAACGUUAUUUACGGGCACAACUGUGGUGACAAGACAGCGAGUGAUAUUGCAUCAACUCAUUGUGCAGCACUGGUCAGUCUGGCUCAAGCAGCCGGGCUACUACGUCCAAUCAAGCCCGAUUUCGUAAAUACUCAAGAGCUUCAGAUCAAUGAUGCGGAGGGAAAUUGGGGUGGGAACAAGGCUGAAUCUGAGGACCAAGCUGAGUGGCUCAGGUGGAAAACUUUGGAAGAGCGCAAACGGACACUCUACGUGAUCUUUAUACUCUCCAGUCUCUUGGUCUCCGCAUACAACCAUGCACCGGCCCUGACAAACUCGGAGAUUCUGCUUGAUCUUCCUUGUGACGAAGAGUUCUUUGCGGCCGAGAGCCACGCCCAAUUUCACCUAAAAGGCGGCAUGCGUGCUGCUGGCCACAACCGGAUGAGCUUUCAUGACGCACUCGGGGAGCUGCUACGAUCCAAUGAGAAGCGGCAGAAGCUUGCUUUCAAUAAUGGCCCGCAGCCCUUCAGUUCUGCGAACAAUCUCGGUGAGAUGCCCAAAGGCGAACUGAAACCUAGCACAUUCGGCUGUUUGGUCCUGAUCAAUGCACUGCAUAACUACAUUUGGGAGACGCGGCAGCGUCACCACAACAAGAUCUGGACCAACGAGGAAACAGAGAAGAUGCAUCGUCACAUUGAACCGGCCUUGAAAGCGUGGCAAGCCGCAUGGGCUAGCAACCCACACCACAGCUUGGAGCGACCCAAUCCAUUUGGGAUGGGGCCGCUCUCCGCUGACGCCAUACCCCUCCUGGACUUGGCCUAUGUCAGACUUUUCGUCAACCUUUCUCGAUCGAAGGAGAGGUUUUGGCAACGAGACUGGGACGGUUUGGCGGAGGAGUUAUCUCGUGGCACGGAGAUUGUCCAGCAUGCUGAGCAUUCGCCCGCUUCGAAUGCCGAAUCGACAACUGAGCUCUCGGAUGGUUCUGCUGCCAGUUCCAUCUUUGUCGACUCGCCACCCACGCAGUCAUCGUCGCCGGAGUUCUCUUCGGCCAAGUUCCCCCCACAAGCCCCGGCACAGCAAUCCCAGCCCCAAGUGUCAAGUCGAACGAUUUCUAGACGGGAGAAGCACCUUCGUAAAGCCGCCUUCUAUGCUGCUGACUCUCUUUCCAUGUCAGAUAAGCUUGGUGUUACCUUCGCCGAUUUUACAAGCAGGGAGCUGCCUAUGCAGUCUGCCAUGUGCGCCCUCGACUGCGCCCAGGUUCUCGCUGAAUGGAUUGCGACACUACAGGACCGUGUUGGAAGAUAUCUCGGUAUCCUUGGCCAAGAUGAGGUCGAUCCUACCCAAGUGCCCGCCAUCAUGCUCCUGGAAGACGAGGAUGUCAAGCUGCUCGACAAGGUCCAAGAAGUACUUGCGAGCGCCGAGAUGAAGAUGAACAUGGACCUUGUGAGUAGUAACAUCAACACCGGAAUCGACGCCCGCCUUCAGAUGGACAAUCACAAUGGAUAUGCUGCAAAAGUGCUGAGGACAACGGCAUACAUGCUGAAUAAAUCUGCCGUGUGGCCAGUGACGCAUUUGAUGGCGAACUGCCUCGAGACGCAUGCAAGUCACAUGAGGGCUCGUGCCGAAAAGUCAGUUGUCUCUAGCGAUUGA